AUGAAUCUUAACCUGUUAUGUUGCUCGUUGUGUUCAAGGGGUCCUGACUCACAUGAGCACUUGUUUUAUGAGUGUGACGUUGCCAAGCAUAUUUGGUAUGGUGUUCGAGAUAGAGCUGGUAUAGGUGCUAUUCAGAAUACAUGGAGUGAUAUCUUUGAGUAUCUGGUAAGUAUAGCUAACUCUAAAAAGGCUAUAAAUGUCAUUGCGAAGUUGGUAGUUGGUGCAACAGUCUACUUUGUGUGGGAGGAACGAAAUAGAAGACUAUUCACACCAAAACGGAGAACUAAAGAACAGAUUAUAGAGGUCGUGUUUUCUACGGUUCGAAUGAAGCUCCACACUAUGAGGUUUCAGAAUUCUGUCCACACGGCUCGUGUUUUGCAGGAUUGGAGUUUACCCCGUGGGUUGCUAGUAGCGGAUGAUGACUGUGGUUGA